AAUGUUAAAUCUUUUAUAUAACAAAUUAUUGGAAGAAAGUAAUGCCAAUAUUUUUGACGAAGAUCGAAAAGACGAUUUACAAGAUUUAAUUUGUUCAAGAAUACAAUUCGACACACCAAAAAUUGAUUCAUUUAAUUAUGCAUCAUCUAUUGGAGUCUCCUAUGUGAUUGCUUCGAAAUAUUUCAAUUUAGGAAGGUAUGAAGAAGCUGCAGAUAGUAUAUGUAAAUUAUUCGGGCAUGUAGAGGAUCAUAACGAUCAAUAUCAACUUCAAGAAGGAAUUUGCCUCACUAAUGCCAAAUUGUGGUUAAUACACUGCUUAAUAAAAUGCAAUGAUUUAGAGGAAGCGAUGGAAAUAUGCAAUUCAAUGAUGGAGGAAGAAGAGGAAGACGAUUUUUUAGGUGACAACUUUACAGAUGGUGUAAUUACUGAUAGACAUAUUAUUAUGACAGAGUAUUACAAAGCUAUUAUAUAUUUCAAGACGAAAAGAAACGCCAAAGCUUUAAAAUCUUUCGAUAGAGUUAUUGAGAGUUUAAUUGAACUGAUAUCAAGUAAAAAGUCUUCAGUUGAGAAGAAAGAGCUAUCCAUCCUCUUCACACACGAAGCGAAUAAUCUUGAAUAUAUAUUAUCAAAGUCGUACGAAUUUGUUGGCUACUUACACUAUUCAUCUGGUGAUAAAGAAUUAAGUGUAAAUUGUUUUCGUAGCGGAUGUAUGGCUUCAUCUAAAGAUUCUAGUAUUGGUAAUAAUUACUUAUUCUUAUUAAAAGAAACAAAUAAGUUGGAAGAAUUAAUAAAAAACUCUGAUGAUUCUACACCGCAGAAAAUUUUAGAACCGGAUAUUUAA